AUGAUGAUGAAUCAGGCGCACUUGGAAGAGUAUCUGCUGAGACAGCAGAUGCUGCAUGCUGCAGCAGCAACACAUAUUGGACUUCAGCAUCGUGUGGGUUCUAACGCCGAGCCGCCGGCAUGCGACGCUCGUCUCCUGAACGCGGAGCUUUGGAGGAGUUUCCAUGACAUUGGCACAGAAAUGAUCAUCACCAAGGGAGGACGACGCAUGUUCCCAUCGCUCCGUGUAUCUUUAUCCGGGUUGGACCUUCGAGAAGAGUACUGCGUGUUUCUGGAACUUUCCCUGGUGGGGCGUCGCCGUUGGCGCUGGGCCGGGGGCGCCUGGGCCGCGGCUGGCGGGGCCGAACCCCAGUCCCCCAGGAGACUGAUGCUGCACCCUGAUUCCCCAGCCCCGGGGCACCACUGGACAGCCAAUCCGGUCUCGUUCAGUAAACUCAAACUGACCAAUAACACCAUGGAUGCGCAAGGACAUAUGGUCCUAACUUCGAUGCAUAAGUACCGACCACGUGUGUUGGUGGUGCGCGCGCGCGAUGCGUCUGCGCUGGCGUGGGGAGCUCCCCACGCCGCCUUCUCCUUCCCGGAGACUGAGUUCAUAGCGGUAACCGCGUAUCAGAAUGACCGCAUCACGAAGCUGAAGAUAGACAACAACCCAUUCGCGAAGGGGUUCCGCGCUUGUGGCCAGUCCAAGUGCAAAAGAAAGAGUGUGGACAUCAACGCUGACGGCGGCCAAGCAACAGAGACCCCCGAGCCCAAGCGCGUUGCCUCCGACACUGCCUCGUCUUGCUCGGAAGAAGGCAGCUUCAGAUCAUCGUCGCCGAGGUCACCUCCGUUAAUAGAACCACCUUCACCCAUACAACCGAUAGUCGCUCCACCUGAAAACCACACGCCCCCUCCAGCUCCAGUGUACCCCCCAGAACUGCUGUAUAAUCAUAACUUACUGCAGCUACACAUGCCUUUGGGGCUUUGGCCUCCCACAGUAGGCUUCGCAUGGGGUACUUCAAUACCCCCUCCGCCUAGGCCUUCCUCCCCUUCCACAGCUCCCACCACAGCUCCUGUUCCUUGCCGGAGGGUAAAGAACUUUACAAUCAGUGCCCUCUUAGGUGAAGGCUGA